UAUGAUGGAACACUCACUCACCUUCGUCGGGAAGAUGAUCAUCAUGUUCAUCUGUGUGGCGUUCACUGUCCUCUCUACCCACGCCUUCGUACCCCCCGCGCCCUCUAGUCGCCACGCCUCCCUCCCUGUCACUCCCUCUAACCAUCACACCUCCCUCCCUGUCACUCCCUCCAGUCACUACCCGUCUCUCCAUGUCACUCCCUCUAACCACCACACCUCCCUCCCUGUCACUCCCUCUAACCCCCACGCCCCCCUCCCUGUCACUCCCUCCAGUUAUAUAGAAGGCGUGGCAAGAGACCUAGAAGAAGGCGUGGAAUCCCUACCUGCUGAUUGGCCCGAUUCUAAAACGCUCAAGGAACCAGUAAGCCCUCAUUGGUCAGUAAGCGCCAGGACCAAAUGGGCUGACCAAUCCCGACAAGGAUUCUCCCUCAACGCGGAUCAUUAUUCAAGCUCCGAGAUUUUAAAGAUUGAUCCAGUGACUAAGAGUUCAAGAUCUGAUCAAGUAACACCAACAUUGCAAGUAAAACCAACAUUACAAUUAACAUCAACAUUACAAGUAACACCAACAUUACAAGUAACACCAAAAUUGCAAGAAAAAGAAGAAUUUACCACAUUUACGAGACCAAGUUUACAAUACCAGCAAGUGGACAAAGCACCAGCCACCCGCCUUGAGGAACUUCAUCAGCUGUCAACGCUGUUAAGAAGCUCAGAUAGAUUAACUUCCCUCGAAAGUCUCUCUGAUGAUGACUCUCUACUAACGAUUCAUUCAAGAGGUUCGCUUCGUUUAGACUCACGACGAACGAGUCUUUUACGUGAUCCGACUCAUUUCGACUCAAGUUCCGUGGUUGAUUCACUGGACGAGACGCCGACGUACUUGAAUGUUCACGAUAUGAUGGUGAACUCUGUAAGGAGCUUAGAGAUGGAGUACCCGAGUGAAGUGAACCUUCUAGAGAAUGAACACAGUAAAGUGAACCAUCUAGAGAAUGAACACAGUAAAGUGAACCAUCUAGAGAAUGAACACAGUAAAGUGAACCCUCUAGAGAAUGAACACAGUAAAUUGAACCCUCAAGAGAAUGAACACAGUAAAGUGAACCCUCUAGAGAAUGAACACAGUAAAGUGAACCCUCAAGAGAAUGAACACAGUAAAGUGAACCAUCUAGAGAAUGAACACAGUAAAGUGAACCAUCUAGAGAAUGAACACAGUAAAGUGAACCAUCUAGAGAAUGAACACAGUAAAGUGAACCAUCUAGAGAAUGAACACAGUAAAGUGAACCAUAUAGAGAAUGAACACAGUAAAGUGAACCACCAAGAGAAUGAACACAGUGAAAUGAACCCUCAAGAGAAUGAACACAGUGAAAUGAACCCUCAAGAGAAUGAACACAGUAAAGUGAACCAUCAAGAGAAUGAACACAGUGAAGUGAACCACCAAGAGAAUGAACACAGUAAAGUGAACCAUCUAGAGAAUGAACACAAUAAAGUGAACCCUCAAGAGAAUGAACACAGUAUAGUGAACCAUCAAGAGGAGGUUCAUAUGAGGAAAACGAACCAGGAGAAGAUAGAGGAAGAUCCCUUCAACCAAGAAGACUACUUAGAGGUGGAACGCGCAGGAGAAGUUAUCCACCUCGGUCCAGAAAGUUCCCCACUACAUCCUUGGUCCAUAGAAGCAGCCAGGAACGUCUCCACAUACCUCCUCUACCUCACUGCCACCAACACUUCCGCUACUACCUCCGAGUUCUCAAGGAAGAGAACUCGGGGAGGUUUUCAGAAAGGUACUGGGAGCCGUGAGAUGAACUAUGUGAGGGGAAAAAGAAAUUCGGUGUUCUCUGAAGGUGUUCUGGGCCGAAUUUUCCACGAAGAAAGUUCAAAGAAGGUUAAAAAGAAGGAAUUUAUGAAAGAUUCCUCUGGCCUGGGUGGGUGUAUAUCGAGGCUGUGUUUAUCGUCGAUCCAAUAUUCCUGGGAGAGUAAACCUGAGAAGGGUCCUUACCCCCGCCGAGACAUUCGUCUUCCAACUCCGUCUCAGCCAAGAGGGAAGGUACAGUAUCUGGACGGUGAGAAAUAUGAUAAUUUGUACAAGCAGUUGCAAGAAAGAGUUACGGUUAAUACGCAUCAUGAGCAGUUGCAAGAAAGAAUAAAACGUAAUCAGUUUCAGCUGCAAGACAAAGCAACACACGGUCAACAUCACAACCGGUUGCAAGGAAAGGUUAACCGGAGUCAGAAAGCUUACCCAGAAAGUUUACUCAGAGACAUUAAUACAAGUACAAAUUUACAUACCCAAGAGAUGUUCAGUAAACACAAUCGCCCUCAGAAGCAGCUGAAAGAAAAAUCAAGAAAACAAACCUCAAGAGGAAGUAUCUCGGGCAGACGGAGAGUUGAGGAGAAUCUAAUACAGCCACACACCGUCUUUCUUUCCUCACGUGAAACCAAGAAAAAUAUAUAUACAAAACUUCGACCUUCCCUUAAGGAGUUCCUUCCGGGAAAAUAUGUAAAUAGCAUCGAAGAUAUUUACCUGGGAAACAAAAGUGCUGGGAGAGUUAGUAGGAAAGAGGAGGAAGAGAGAGUAGUGCAGAGAAACGGAAGGGGUGGAGAAGACGGGAUAGAAGAGACCAGAGGUGGCGUGGAUAAGGAAGAGAAGAGGAAACACGUUCCCAAGUUUCUUGGUUUACGAAACUCCAGAUUUUUACGGAGGAGACGAAUAAAACGAAGUGAAACUGAGUCAACAAACAAACGAACGAAUGUUGUGUUGAUUCCCUCUGGUAGUUUAGCUUCCUCACAUACCACCACCACCACCACCGACACACUCCCUCCAGGCCUCCACCACACACUCUCACACCCUGAGGAGGCAAACUACAGCUUAGGGUCCGACGUAAGAGCCCCUAACGACGCCGUCAGGAGCAUCAGCAUCACCAGGAAUCAUAAUAUAAAUGCAGAACCAGCAGAGAAUACGGGGAUCACAAAAGCCCCUUCUGAGAACACUCCACCCAGGCUUUCAGGAAGUGGCGCUGAGGCAUUAAGCAGCCAUGGAGACCUCGGUGUUCUUAGUGAGACUCAUCGAGCGGUCUCAGCCGUACCUGGAACAUCAUCUGACAUCAGAACAAGUGAAGCUUCGACCAAACAAGAUCAACCUUUGGCUCUGGAGGUGAAGACGUCAAGAGCCGCCCAGCAAAUUUCAGAUAACGGCUCAAAGACUCUGUACAAUGUUGGAGGCUUCAGUGAUUUAGGUCAAACCCAGCUAGAGUUCUCAGCCUCACCUGGAGUUAUAUCUGACCCCAGAACAAGUGGUCCCUCACCUAUUGGUUCUCCUGGAGGUAGCCAUGAAGGCCCAGACUUAAGCUUCCUACCUCCAGGGUUCGAGGGAAUAGACGAUGGUGAAGGUUGCAGCUGUUGGUCUACACACGACGACAGCUUUACCCCGGAGAUGGAAUGUCGCUGCCAGGGAGAACAUAUCGUACACCUCCCGGCCAACCUCUCCGCCAACGUGGACAGGCUGACGUUGAUAAAUAUGGGUGUACAGAGCCUUAGUCAUCAGAAUCUGUCACUGUACACAUCAACCCUGCAAGAGCUAUACAUCAACCGGGCCCCACGGCUCACCUCUCUCCCGCCCUCGCUGUUUGACGUCUUCCUGCCACGACUCAAGGUUCUACGUAUUGUACACACAGGCCUUGUGGAUCUGCCCAGCCUCUCCCAGCUCUCAACGGGCAGCAUCAUGCAUCUUGUAGAUCUGGAGAACAAUCGAAUAACAAGCAUAAGGAGUCGUUCCAUCAAGAUCAGUGCUGAACAAUUGCUCCUCAACAAUAACCAUCUGCAGAGGGUAGAGGCGAGGGCGUUUCACGGCUCCCAGAUCGGCAGACUGAGCAUGAAGGGGAAUCCCCGGCUGACAGACCUCGACCCGAUGGCGUUCGAAGGCUUGAAGAGUCUCAUUAACCUUGACCUCUCAGACACAGGCAUCAGUCACCUCCCGACGGUGGGUCUAGAUGGACUAGAAACCUUAAGGCUCGUCAGGACACACAACCUGAAGGUGUUCCCGUCAGUAUAUUCCUUCAAGAAUAUUAUCAAGGCCGAGCUUACUUACCCCUACCACUGCUGCGCCUUCAAGUUCCCGAAGCUUCACGAUCCCGCUGAGCAUAAGAAACAUGAGGAGUCACUCAGACGUCUGAAGCAGCAGCAUUGUGGUGAAGUCACUUCCCCACAGCCAGUCACCAGCAGUUCACAGGUCGGUCUGGGUAGGCGACGACGGAGGGUUUCACCUGAGAUCCUCACCCGUCACCCAGCUGACCCACACACCCCAUCUCCGUCACCUACCGUCCCAAGGCGUCACCUAGUUAAUCCACACCUCUCAUCUCCGUCUCCUACCGUCCCAAGGCGCCACCUAGUUAAUCCACACGCCUCAUCUCCGUCUCCUACCGUCCCAAGGCGCCACCUAGUUAAUCCACACCCCUCAUCUCCGUCUCCUACCGUCCCAAGGCGCCACCUAGUUGAUCCACACGCCUCAUCUCCGUCACCUACCGUCCCAAGGCGCCACCUAGUUAAUCCACACCUCUCAUCUCCGUCUCCUACCGUCUCAAGGCGCCACCUAGUUGAUCCACACGCCUCAUCUCCGUCACGUACCGUCCCAAGGCGCCACCUAGUUGAUUCACACGCCUCAUCUCCGUCUCCUACCGUCCCCGGCCGUCAUUUAGCAGAUCUUCAUGCUUCAUCUCAGUUUCAUCAACCUCCGCUGACGAAGGGGUACAACAGUGUAAAAUCUACCUCAGUCGGUCAUGGUGCUUUUCACCCGACCUUACCCGUUAGUGCUCAUGAACGGGAGCGCCAUAAACACACUCAUUCUCCUUCAUUUCCUCUUUACUAUCCACCUCCCUCUCCUCCUGCACAGCGAGAUGUGAGUAACAGGGAUCUCUCCGCCUCACUGCUUGCUAAAGAGGCAAAGAACUUGUUAAUCGAGCAAACAACAGCGAUUAUUGGAGUUGGGGAGGCCGAGGCGGAGUUUAAACGCCAGGCCGGAGGAUUGAAUCACCGAGGAAGUGAAACACGCAACGUAAACAAAAAUUUUGUCCACACUGAGAGAAGUAACGGGUGGCGUAAAGCCGGUGUUAUGAAGCCUCGACUAAAACGACCGCUCAUCAACCCGUGUAAGAGUGGUCGCUGCCUCUACGACCAACAUCGUCGUCCGGAGCGAAACAAUUUAGUUUUGAUAGCCACUAAAACUCCGCUCACUCAUGAGGUCGCCGACGGGACUCCCGCCUACAGCCCCAGUACAAUAGGUCGUCGUCUCGUAGACGAUAUCGCAGGAACCAGUGAAUUUCUCGUGGGAUUAGGAGAGUUGAGGAAAGUCCCUGUUGAUAUUUAUGGUAGAGGGGUGGCCAUAGACGGGGAGGAUGUACAGGAAAGAAGAAACAUGAUGAAUGCUAAAUCGGACGUUCUCGCGACCUACAGGACGAUAAGGGUUGACGAACGAGGAGAAGCUAGUUAUCCUGCUAGACGAAAAAGUGAGAGGAAGGAGAUAAACGUCCACUCGGCCUUCAGGUCAUCAAGGUCAGCCCGCUCAGAAGGAACGACGUAUCCUGCAGUUAGAGAUGACAAGGGAAGAUCGACUCCAACAAAGACUCCUGAUGUUAAACGAGAAGACCCCAGGGAUGUCAGAACCACUGGCCACGGCUUUGGUGUCAGUGACGGAGACUUCUCAAACGUGGGCUUCGGUAAGAUGGAUGGGUUUGGCUUGCCACCGAGCCACGGCUUUGAGAUGGACGAAGGAUUAGGUGGUGGUCACGACACGGCUUCUCCAGAUAGAGGCUUCAACGGAGGCUUCAGUGGAGGCUUCAACGGAGGACCCUUGGAUGAGUACGACCCAGACGAGUGUGUCAACGGCCUCUGUCCAAACAUAUCAAGUCACCCGCGUCCUGGUGGACCUAUCUAUCCCUAUGACGAGGGUCAGCCUUACCACCCUAGCCUUCCUUACGACCUAAACCUUCCCUACGACUAUGCCUAUCCCUACGACCCCAACCAUCCCUACGACCCCAACUAUCCCUACGACUCCAACCAUCCCUACGACCCCAACCAUCCCUACGACCCCAACCAUCCCUACGACCCCAACCAUCCCUACGACCCCAACCAUCCCUACGACCCCAACCAUCCCUACGACCCCAACCAUCCCUACGACCCCAACCAUCCCUACGACCCCAACCAUCCCUACGACCCUACUCACCCUUUCCAGCACACAGGAGUCUUUUACGGCGACGCGGGGUUCGGCUCCGUGGUGGAACCUGGUGUGGAUAGCGACUCUGGUGACCACGAAUCAUUCCACACCGAAGUCACCGUCAGCCCGGAGAGGACGGUGUGUCGAGGCAACUUAUCCAAGAAUUACCGAGACGUACAAUGUGUUCCUGAACCAGACGCCUUCAACCCUUGUGAAGAUAUUAUGGGCAACCUCGGACUCAGGGUGGCUGUGUGGCUGGUGGUGGUCACUGCUGUGUUUGGUAACCUAGCGGUGAUGGUGGUGUUGAUGAGUACCAGAUUCAAGAUGACUGUAUCCAAGUUCCUCAUGUGUAAUCUGGCCGUGGCUGACCUAUGUAUGGGUCUCUACCUGUUAAUCAUCGCUGCCAUGGACCUACACACGAUCGGGGUCUACUUCAACUACGCUAUCGACUGGCAAAACGGCCCCGGGUGUCAGGUGGCGGGGUUCCUGACAGUGUUCUCGUCAGAGCUGUCUAUCCUGACACUGGCGGUGAUCACGCUGGAGCGGUGGUACGCUAUCACGUACGCCAUCCACCUCAACAAACGUCUCAGGUUGUCCGUGGCCAUGAAGGUGAUGGUGCUGGCCUGGGUGUACGCCCUUACCAUGGCUACCUUGCCCAUCCUGGGGGUCUCCGGUUACUCCAAGACAAGCAUCUGUCUACCUAUGGAGACGGUAGACGGAGCCGACCAGACCUACCUCCUCAUCCUACUUAUCACCAACGGGUUGGCCUUCAUGCUCAUCUGCGUCUGCUACGCCAAGAUGUACUGCUCCAUCGCUGGCAACAACCUGGCGGCCAACACCUCCGACACGACGGUGGCCAAAAGGAUGGCGCUCCUGGUGUUCACUGACUUUGCCUGCUGGGCGCCCAUAGCCUUCUUCGGACUGACGGCGGUCUCGGGUUUUCCUCUCAUCAGUGUCACACACGCUAAGUUCCUGCUGGUGUUUUUUUACCCACUUAACUCCUGCGCCAACCCCUAUUUGUACGCCAUCCUCACCAAGCAGUACCGCCGCGACCUGUUCAUCUUGCUGGCGCGUCACGGGUUCUGUACCAAGCGAGCCAUGAAGUACAAGGGCGGCUACUCCACCAACACCUGGCUCAACCAUCACAAUGUUUGUGUCAGUGGAGGUACUGGCGGAGGUAGUGGAGGCCCCAGCAGAAGGAUCUCCACCCUCACACAGCUCACCACCUGUGGUGACUGGCGGAGCCGCAUCAGGGACGGUUCGGAAGAGUCCCUGGGUCGACAGUGUUCCCCCAGUCGUGCCAGAAGUGUCUCAGCCGAGCUCACGGUCCCGAGUCCCAUGACGAUGGGUUUGGCCGACCGUCGGCAGUCAGACUUAGGCCGUCGUUUACAGCCCGUAGCAGAAGUGCGUGACGCACGGACGUCUCCUAAACCCUGCACUCAGAACCCCUCCUCGGGUUCCCCCCACCCCAUUAAGAACUGCUACGCCCGCAUGAGCUUCACCCCCGAGCAAGAGGCGCUGCUCAUGCGUUAUGCGUUAGACAAACAGCCCAGUGAGACUCCUGCCAAUGCGCGGCGAAGCACCACGCCCAACAAUAAGGACGAGGCUGUUCCGCUGUCCGUGUACACGCCCACCACGCCCGACACCAUCACCACCCCCAUAUCACCUGAGCUCGAUCAUUCAGUAUAAACCUGUGACAGUGAUGCUCAGCCCUCCUCAUGUUAACGUGACUGGUGCUGGGAGCACAUAUCUAUCUUAAGCUGUGACACAAACACCUACCGUACUCAUAAGUAGAUGCAUUCUCGUAGCAGUAGAUGCAGAGGAAAGAAAUUUAACUACGAACGCUUAAGACUCCCGGGUUCUCAAAGGCUCGUAUGUUGAAUUUCCGUCGUAACUGAGAAUGUAAGAUCACUGACUGAUUUAUACUACAACACACGAUUUACGUCGAAAAUAGCAUCGAAAUUAUACUAUCACUCAGUCUAAACUAGCAACGUUCACUUAGCACCAGUUAGGGGACAGGAGCAGAAACACUGUGACUCCUAUUCUGAACCCUGGUACUAGCCCCAGAGUCUUGCAAGAGAUAAGACUUCAGAUCUGUUAGUGAUGCUCACGUUGACGCGGGAUCAAGUGUCGCCUGGAAAAACACACACAAAGAUGGGAGCUUUUCUUUCCACACGUCCGGGAAACAUUUUUGUUUUUUCAUUCUCUUUGUAAAACAUGAGAAUGUUGUGGUAGAUGUGUAGUGGUGAACGUUGAUGAUGGUGUCUCACUGUGUCGUAUAGUGACUGUGUAUGUGUGUAUCUUUGUGCGUGUAUUAACGUUUUAGAAACCGCCAUAACCUCACCUGCUAAAGGACGCUAUUACUCCUAUUAAAAUAUUCAGUGCAGAAACUCAUACACUUUCUCGGUGAUAUUAUCAGGAUAAUUUUAGACUGCAGAAACCCUUAUAAUUUCUCAAAUAAAUAAAGGGAAAGUUAUAAACUGUGUGAGAACUUUUGCAGUCUCUCAAAUAAAUGAACAUAUAUAUGGAAACUGCAGAAACUCUCUAUAAUUUUCUAAAUAAAUAAGUAGAGUUAUAAACUAUGGUGUAACUCUAACAAUGUCUCAGCUAAAUAAUCGAGAAGUUGCAACCUGUGUAGGAACAUAUACAAUGUGUCAAGAAGUGGACAGGUAAAUAUUACAUUAACUAGUAAACUAAAAACUAUUGUGAAUUGUUUAACUUAUGGCAGAGAAAUUAUUAAAGAGCUAUAAGCUGUGUGGAAACUGGUAGUCUCUCUUUCUCAAAAAAAAAAAACUCAGGAAGUUUCAAGCUGUAUCGGAUGAGAGAUCU